AUGGGAAGCAGACCGGCUGCUGCCAGCGAUGCUGCUGCAGAUGGUGCGGACCAACAGUGUCAAAACUCAAAUGCGUCUUCUCUCGUUUUCCCGGUAACUUCACUCCCUUUGCAACAGCUUCUCCCUACUCAGGCUCCUCCUUUUCGCGACACGCUCAUCCUGCAGCCUGCGCACAACUCCCUAUCGGGAUUCCUCAGCCUGGAGCAUUCGAAGCCCUCCAAGGGACAAGCAGGAUCAAACGGAACGACCUUCCGUCGCAUCGCCCCCAAAGCGGUGCCAGUAUCCGAGACGGAUCACUCAGCAGCAUCUGGAUCAGCUGGGCCCGAUAAAGCGCCUUUAACAAGAGCUUCUGAGGACGUGUUGUCCAAGUGCAAGAAAGCAGCGGCUGAAGUCAACGUGCUUCUUGUGGAAGGAGACAAGAAGUAUGCUUGCAAAAUCUGCUCAAAGACAUUCACGAAUUUGGCGGACUGUAAGAAGCAUAUCCGCGUCCACACAGGAGAAAAGCCUUAUCCUUGUCUCAAGUGUGGGAAACGCUUCAGCCAGUCAUCACAUCUGUACAAGCACUCGAAAAACUCCACCUGCUUGAACUGGAAGGCCAAGAGUUCAUUACAAGACACUCUGCAUUGACUGCACAGCAGUUUGGCCCCGCCAAAUUCUUGAAGUUCUUUUGU